GCCCUCUACAAGCAACCACGUAACCUUCUUUUUUAUAAAAUUAAUAAAUUAAACAUAUCCUCUCUCUCCCCGGAGAGACACCAUUAAAAUUUGGGAAGGUUAAGUUGGAGAGGUAAAAUAAAAAUGGAGGUGGGAAGGGGUGUUCGAGGUCUUAUGAGAGUAAUCUUGAUAGUCAACUUUGUCGCGUAUUUGAUUGUACUGGGACUUGCCGCAUGGUCUAUCGAUAAAUAUAUCGAUGGUGAACAGGAUCACCCUCACUUAGGAGGGAAUCCAUCGACAAGCUUUAUGUUGAUAUUUGCACUGAUAGCUGGAGCGAUUGGGGAGUGCUCGGUGCUGAUUGGAUUCACUCAUCUCCGAGCGUGGCGAAGUGAUAGUCUGGCUACGGCGGCUUCUUCUGCCAUAAUUUCCUGGGCUGUAACUGCUCUUGCUUUUGGUCUUGUUUGUAAAGAGAUGUUGAUGGGAGGCCACAGAGGCAAACGCCUGCAAACACUGGAAGCUUUUAUCACGAUAUCAACAGUAAGCCAACUGAUAUAUGUGUUGCUAAUGCAUGCGGGAAUGUUGAGCACCAGGUUUGGACCCAGCUAUGGAUCAUCAUCGUAGCUUCAUCACUGAAUGAACAGGCAGGCAUAGAUAAGAUUUUAUGCCGGUACUUGUACAGUUUUUAAACUCCCGGGACGGAAAUUAUUAAGCUUAAUCAGGAGAGUAAUUUAAUCUUUCCCACUCAGUGUUGUAUGAUA